UCCAUUACCCGAGAGAGUUGUGUCGAUUUCGCGAUCGAGGAGAGGAGUCUUCUCCGAAGAAAACUGAUUCAGAUCAAGGAGAAAAGAGAAGAUAUUAUUAUGUCAACGAACACUGAAUCUUCUUCUCUUCCUACUCAAAGGCUGUUAGGUAAAGUGGCAUUAAUAACUGGAGGAGCCACAGGGAUAGGAGAGAGCAUAGUUCGUCUAUUCCACAAGCACGGAGCAAAAGUCUGCAUUGUCGAUUUGCAAGAUGAUCUCGGAGACAAAGUAUGUAAAAGCCUACUUGCUACUAAGUCCUUGGAGGAGGCAGAAGCUUGUUUCAUCCAUGGUGAUGUCAGAGUAGAAGACGACAUUAGCAAAGCCGUUGACUUUGCAGUCAAGAAAUUCGGAACGCUUGACAUACUCAUCAACAACGCAGGACUAAGCGGAGCACCAUGCUCUGAUAUCCGUAACAACAGUUUGAGUGAGUUCGAGAUGAUCUUUGAUGUGAACGUGAAAGGAGCUUUCCUCGGGAUGAAACACGCGGCUAGGGUUAUGAUCCCUGAGAAGAAAGGUUCUAUAGUGUCUUUGUGCAGUGUAGGAGGUGUUUUGGGAGGUGUUGGUCCUCAUGCUUAUGUUGGUUCCAAGCAUGCGAUUCUAGGCUUGACGAGGAGCGUUGCAGCUGAGCUUGGACAGCAUGGGAUACGUGUGAACUGUGUUUCGCCUUAUGCGGUUGCGACAAAACUCGCUCUGGCUCAUUUGCCUGAGGAAGAGAGAACGGAAGAUGCGUUUGCUGGUUUCAGGAGUUUCGCGGCUGCAAACGCGAAUUUGAAAGGUGUUGAAUUGACGGUUGAUGACGUGGCGAACGCUGUUUUGUUUUUGGCGAGCGAUGAAUCGCGGUACGUAAGUGGAGAUAAUCUGAUGAUUGAUGGUGGAUUCACUUGCACUAACCAUUCCUUUAGAGUUUUCAGGUGAUGUUUUCUUUUUUGGGCCUGAUUAAUGUCGAAUAUGUCAAAUAAUUUUUAACUUUGGAGGUUAAAUGUGGCUUUGAUUUUCUUUAUGAUUGUUACUUUUAGCAUUAGCAGAGAGAUUGGUAGAAAGUUAUGGAACAAACAUAUUUGUUUGAUGUAUUACAUUUGCUUUAAGAUAA